CAAAUAAUGUUUCCAAACGCCGCGCCGCAAGCGCCAAACGCAUCUCCCAUGCAGAACGCGCUUGCGCAACAAUCGACCAUGCGUGCUGAUGCGUGCACGAUGAUGCGUGCAUGUUAAUGCUUCCGUGUGUGCGUACGUGUGUGACUCGAGCGGCGAGCUGCCAAAAGAAGAAGAAGACACGAGCUACGAGAGCCACGAGGCUGACGAGACAAAAGGAAGUCGCGUUGUUGUGCCGGUCGUUCCAGUCGAGUGUUGAUCGCGCGGACAGAGGAAAUAACGGAAUAAAAAAUUUUGCCGAGAUCAACGCACUUAUGAAACGGGGCGGAAAAAACGUAGAAGAUUUAACAAACAAUAUAAUGACCAAAGUUUUUACGAAUGAGUUGGCAUCCAAUUUUAGUAUGCAGGGUAAACAGAAAAAAAAAGCUUUACUGGAUUUUACAGUAACUUCGUGCAUAAUUGAAGCGAUAAUGGCUUGCGAAAAUAGUAAAGAAGAUUAUAUUCAGAAACAAAUGGGCAAGUGGCUAGCGAAUGCGCCUGUUUGCUUAUCCAGAAAUAGAACAAAGAAGGAAAAUUCGGAGGCGGCCAAAACUAAUUAACAUAAAAUAAUUUAACAAAAAAUAUUAAUUUAAUAUAAAAGUUUUAUAGUAUUGAGUUUAACAUUUAUAAAUUUUAUAGUGCUGUUUUUUGAAAAGUAAAUUUUAUUUAGACUUAUAACCUUAUUCGGACACGUAAUUGUAUUUUUAAUUUGUAUCGUACACAUUUACGUUACACAAUGUGAGAAUUAAGCUAUAUUGAUUAAGGAAAUAAAAUAAAUAAGUACACAUUUACGUUGCACAAUGUGAUAAUUAAGUUAUAUUGACUAAGGAAAUAAAAUAAAUAAGUAAAGUAAAA